UGUCAAACUGGACGCGGUGGGUGUCGUCUCCCUCCUUUGAGGUCUCCGAGUUUGAGGAGAUAGACGUUAAGUGAUGCUGGUUUGCCAAAGAGUUUUGGCUGUUCCCCUUCUUCCUUUGGGGAUCAUACUACACGGGACCGGGGCUGCACGUUUGCUACAAACCGGAAGCCCAUGUGUCUCAGAAAUUGUCUCUUUGGAGGAGCAAAUCAAUUUCCAUUCCCUCAUAUUUGUGGGGCUUACCUCGCAUAACUACUUCGCAUACUUGCUCAGCAGAACGGAUUACAUUGGAACGUUGAAUGGUCAAAAGCUGCACAUUUCGGAGAUAUUUCUCAUCGUGCUGAGGAAAAAGCAUUUUUUUUGGCAGACUCUGGAGGAGUCUUCUGAAGGAGGCUUCACUUGUGUGAAGCUUAUCAGCACGGCUUAUAUGCACCCCCUUUGCCAUCUUUUUGGAUGGAAGGAUGAGUCUGGACUAUUUCCCCUCCAACAAGAAGCAAAGAAGAGAUUUAUCUCUUCUAUAUACUUUGACUUUUCAGAUCUUAUUAAUAUUGUUAGUAGGAUUGUCACCAGAAGGACUGGUCCAUACAUAUUUGGAGCAACCCAAUCCAACGAUGGCAAUGCAUAUCACAACCCGUCGAAGUACAAGAGCGAUGAAAAGAGUCGGCGAAUGUGUGCCGUCAUCGUCGUACCACAAGCGUGUAUUACUACUAUUAUUAUUAUGCUAGCUUAUUCUAUGUCACCUCUUUUUACCUGCUAAUUGAGAAGGCAGAUGCCUGCGUCACACUGCCACCGCAGAAAUCAAUCGUGAUAAUUUGCUAUACACUCGCUUCUUAGAAGUGGGUUGAACGAGGGUUUUUAUUAAAUAUUUAUACAGUGACAUUCAAAAUCAGGAUUCUGCGAAUGUAUGCACACAUUUUACACAGUGGUUCGACCCAUAGUUGGACUGCUGCACGUAGUACGCUUCUUAUUGCACGUACGCAUUUCCAAUGUCCAGGUUGACAACGGUUUCACGGUCAGGGAUUGCAGUACCGUUUUCCCUGCGGGUUCACCAAACUUGUCAAAACGCAACAAAGUCGCCAGGAAUAGGUUGGGUUGUGAAGGCGAUGAGAAAAUGCUCGUUGAAGUGAGAUCCUACUGCACUGGUAUCCGGCAUCGACUGAUGAGGCGCAUCUAAUCUGAGCCACCUUGGAUUAGAAAGUUUGCAUUUUGGGAAUAUGAGACGAACGAGUGGCAGUUGCUCCUCUCUCUCUCUCAGCUUUGUCAACCCACUUAUUAUUUAUUACCACUGUGUCCACUGCUCUUGGCAUAUGAGUCGGGUGAAUUGUAUCUAUUUUUAGCAACUUCCUCACGACACAGAUUUCCCAUUGCUCGCAGACAGGGUUGAGGAGAUGCGGAUACCUUGUAUCGUAAGUCUGAGGGAUUUUAUGUUGGUCAGUGGGCAGGGGACGAGAGGUGGAGGAGAGAAAUCCUUUGGAGAGAGCGUCUCUCAGAUUGUUCCACCCUGUGAGACACAUCAAUUGUGUGGAGAAGGGGUAGAAAAACGAUGCUCCGUCGUCGUCGUGGGUCUGGUCAACCAAUAAUAAACCUGAUGGAUGCUAAAUCUAACCCUGUCUCUCAAUCUCAAUUUCGGUGGCAUCAUUCGCAGAUAUGUCAGCCUGUGUCAUGCUCAUUUCAUAGCAGAGCCCCGUCCUUGCAGAUUUAAUACUUGGAUUUUAACUCCACACUCAGAAGACGCCAGGAAGACUUCCAUUCUCCCAAAUUUCGACUCGCACGUAUUUAUUUCUUAUCUGAAACUUUUUCCCAGGCAGCUGUGCAUCGCUGAGAAAAUAACUACAUUUUUAAUUAGAUUAAAUAUUACAAAUAUUGAGGACGAAUCGCGGUUUUACGCCCGCAAUGACCUCCUCUGCUCCAAUCUCUACCGUGACUUACUACUAACGUUGUCGUCGGCAACAGCAACGACGGGAACUCAGGAAAUUUAAGUGAACUUUUCAGCAGUUUUAAUCGGUUUGAACAAGAAAACCGUGUCUCAAAAUGAACAUUUCCAACAAUUUCUUCAGUUCAGUAAUUCCUCGAAUGGAAGACGCCUACGUGGAUUGGCCGUACAUGGAGCCAGCCCUUUUGGAACCCUUCAGCUUUGAAAUAUUCGACCUGAGCAGGAGUCGGAAGUGGUUUUGGCAGAACUGGACCCUUACCCUCUACAUCUCAGUGGCCUACGUGGUCCUCAUUUGGCUGGGACAGCGGUGGAUGAUGGAUCGGCAGCCCUUCAACCUCCGCCCGCUUCUCACCCUCUGGAACUUUGGACUCGCCAUCUUCUCCGCUGUAGCUUUCGCCAGGAUCAUUCCAGAGUUCGCCCACGUGCUCCACGGACAAAACGGCUUUCAUCGCAGCGUUUGCGUCAGGGAUGCCUUGAACCCCAGCUCGGCAUGGUGGGCAAUGGCUUUCUCCGUCUCAAAGCUGGUGGAACUGUUGGACACGGUGUUUAUCGUGCUGAGGAAAACGCCCCUCAUAUUUCUCCACUGGUAUCACCAUAUGGCGACGUUAAUUGUGUGCUGGAUGAGCUACCCUCAAGCUGAACCCAUAUUCCGCUAUGUGGGCUCCAUGAACUUGUUUGUGCACAGCAUCAUGUACACGUACUAUGGCUUUAAGGCCAUGACGUUCAACCCCCCACGAAAGCUCGCCAUGAUGAUAACUCUCCUCCAGCUAAGCCAGAUGUUCAUCGGCUUGGUGGUCAACCUCUACGCUAUCUACGUCAAAAGUUCUGGGCAAGAGUGCGCGAGGUCGGAUGAGAACAUUCGAGUUCAAAUGUGGAUCUAUGCGUCGUACUUGGUCCUGUUUGUCAAAUAUUUCUACCAGUCAUAUUUCUCAAGCCCCAAGAAAUUCAAGUCCUCGUAAUCAUGCUGAACGAGAUGACAGCUUAUUUCCUAUGCUAUUUCCGUCCAUGUUGUGUUACUAUUAAAAGGCCGGCGUUCUCUAAAUAUGUAUCCAGUGGCAGAAAUAAAUUCCACCAAGAUAAAGAUAAAUUCA